GCACCGUACUGUAGGUGAGCCCUCUCUCUAGGGAAAUACAACAUUUUCAACUGGUAAACACAUCAUACUCACCAUCACAUAUCGGAUAGACCAUGUCGUACCUUACUUACACGAUUUUACUUGCACUGCUCCAUCAACAAAUUGCGUCAAAAGCGGUUCCUGACACCGCUGAAAAUAAUGGAACAAGUGUUUCAAACACAUCCGUGACGGACCACUUUAUGUAUUUCGCCUAUGGCAGUAAUCUGCUGAAGGAACGACUGCAGCUGAAGAAUCCGUCGGCGGUUUUUGUUACAACAGGCAGUUUGAAGGAUCAUGUGAUACAAUUUGGAUACUGGAAGAAAGAGUUAUUAAACAACACCAACUCUUGGCAUGGUGGUGUUGCUACUAUCAAGGAGUCCAAGGGAGAUGUGGUCUGGGGAGUGGUCUGGAAGAUGGACAAGGACAACCGCAUCAGUUUAGAUAGGCAGGAAGGAGUGGGAAUAGGAUUCUACAGUCCACUAGACGUUACCAUUAACACAGAUGAGGGAGAGGUCCUCUGUCGAACCUACCAGAUGAACAACUUCACAGCUCACCAGACCUCGCCUCCAUACAAACAGGUUGUUUGUCUUGGAGCGAAACAAAACGGCUUACCUCUGGAUUACAUUAAGAAGCUGGAGGCAGUGGAAACCAAUGGCUACAGCGGUCCGUCUAUUUUAGAUGACAUCACCAUAUUGAAACCUGCUGGUAAAGGAAAAAGCCUGUUGAUGGUACCAGAGGAAAGAAGAUGAAAGAAAAAUCACUUAAUGUAACAACCUUUGGGUGAAAUUGACAUAAGACUCAGUGUCUAAGUUCAAAUUUCCCUGUUGUACCCUUGUGCAACAUAAUCAGCUUAAGUAAAAAUGCAUUAGAACAAAUAAAAAAAAUUGGCACACUGGUAUAUAUUCCCAAAUGUUCAGUGUAAAAUGUGAGCCAGUCAUUUUAGAUGCGAUACCAAAUAAAGGACAAAUUAAUGA